UUCAAUGCUGUAGAGCAGAAAAAGAGAAUAAACAAGAAAACUGAAAAAACGAUCAGAUUUUCUCUUACUAUUCUCCGAUCCUGCAUCGUUUGCCAUACCUUUGAUUUCCUCAAAUCGGUAUAAUCUCGAUUUGCCAAAACAUUUCAUAAUCAGAAAUCUAAAAUAUGUAUUGAUUUUGAUUUUGAUUUUCGUUUUGUUUCUGAGUAUGGUUGAGGAUCUUCUAUAGACUUUGAUUUCUUGUUGAUGAUGUUAUUAGCUUGUUUCGAUUGCUAUUUUCUGAUCUUUUUUACUUUCUGAUUGAUUGAAUUAGUACUUCUUAUGAAUAAAAGUGUAAUUGACGAAGAAGAUUGUCUUUUUCUGAUGCAGAGAACUAGUUGAUUUCUCGUUGAUUUCCAUUCGUAAAGCCUCUGGAGAUUCUGUUGUGCACCUACAAACAAUGGCCUCAAUUGUUGCAAAAUCCUGUACUAGUAGUUCCAGUCAUGUAUCACCUGUCAUGACAGUCCAAGAAAAAGGAAGUAGGAAUAAGAGAAAGUUCAGAGCUGAUCCACCACCUCCAAAUGGUUUCCAAAAGAUAGUUUCACCAUCUCAGAACGAAUGUCUGAGUUAUGAGUUUUCUGCUGAAAAUUUUGAGAGUCCUGGGCACUCCAAUGGGUGUGACAUGUGUAGUUUUAGUCAUGAAAAUACGGAUUCCGUCAAGCUUGACUUGGGGCUAUCUUGUGCGGUAGGAGGAGUGGGAUCAACCGAGGUGGGGGCUAAUCACAAUAGAGUGGAACUAGAAGCAAGUGAUGAAUUUCAUGAGGCCGAUUGGAGUGAUCUUACGGAAUCUCAGCUGGAAGAACUUGUUUUAGCCAACUUGGACACAAUGUUCAAGAGUGCUAUUAAGAAAAUAGUUUCUUUUGGUUACACCGAAGAAGUUGCCACUAAGGCUAUUCUCAGGGCUGGUCUUUGUUGUGGUUGUAAAGACAAUGUGUCAAAUAUAGCGGAAAACACUUUGAUUUUACUUAAAAAUGGGCAAGAGAUGGAUCCGUCGGGGGAGCAUCACUUUGAAAAUCUACAUCAAAUGAAGAAGUAUAUACUGGCUGAACUGGUUUGUGUUCUUCGCGAAUUCAGGCCUUUUUUCAGCACUGGGGAUGCAAUGUGGUGCUUGUUGAUAUCCGAUAUGAAUGUCUCUCAGGCUUGUGCAAUGGAUGGUGAGGCAUUAUCUAGUUUAGUUGGUGAUGGGACUUCAAAUGGUUGUUUCUCUAAUUCAGUUGAAAACCAGCUGAGGAAAGAUGGCAAGAGUUUGGAGUGUCUUCCAAAUCCAUGUAAACCAAAUCAUUCUUCCCUUUGUGCUCACAGUUUUCCCUUAGAAGCUCCUGUGAUGGCUUCCAUACCUUGUGUACAUAAUUGUAUGUCUGAGGAACCAGCAAAGGCAGAAGUUCCUCAUUCAAAACCAAAGGCUCCUUUUGUUUUGGAUGGAUUUGCAUCACAGAAAGGGAAUCAAAACUCUACUUCUCGAACACUGAGUAGAUCCUUCAGCCUUUCAUCUAAAAAACAUGAAGAAAAAGUUGUAGGGAGUAGAAAGAUCACCUGCAUUAGCAAGAGAGAUUAUAUACCGAGACAGAAGUCAGUUCAUUUGGAGAAAAGCAACCGGAUACAUGGGCUGAAAGGAGCUACUAGAGCUGGGAAACUUGGUAACAUUAGUGGCUUAAUUUUGGAUAAGAAACUCAAGUCUGUGUCAGACUCUACAGGUGACAGUCCUAAAAAUGGCUCACAGAUUAGCCAGGGAGUGGGGAUCGGUUUUCCGUUUGAAGGUAUAAACAAUAAUGGCACCACACAAACCAGCCUUGCUUCCCCUUCACUAUUUAAUACAGAUACUUCCAGUAACAACAUUUCUUCAUUAGCAAAAAUCCAUGUCCCUCCUAUGUUGGCUUCGACUGAUAGCCCACCGGCAUUAUCAGUGGCUAACACUGAGUUAUCUCUUUCACUUCCUGCGAAAAGCAACAAUGUUCCAAUGCCUGAGGUUCCUAAUAUUAGUUUUGCUGCCAUGCCCUAUGACAAGUCCUUUGGGCGGUGGAUCCCACAAGAUAAAAGGGAUAAAACAGUUUUGAAGCUUGUUCCAAGGGUGCAGGAGCUCCAAAAUCAGUUGCAGGAAUGGACUGAAUGGGCUAAUCAGAAGGUUAUGCAAGCUGCUCGUAGACUGGGUAAAGAUAAAGCCGAACUUAAGACACUUAGACAAGAAAAAGAAGAAGUAGAUAGGCUAAAGAAAGAGAAGCAGACAUUGGAAGAGAAUACCAUGAAGAAGCUCUCUGAAAUGGAGAAUGCUUUGUUCAAGGCUAGUGGUCAGGUAGAACGAGCUAAUUCUGCUGUCUGUAGGUUGGAGGUGGAGAAUGCUAAUCUGAGGCUAGAGAUGGAGGCUGCAAAUUUACAGGCAGCUGAGUCAGCUACUAGCUGUGAAGAGGUAUCAAAAAGAGAAAAAAAGACACUUCUGCAAUUACAGUUGUGGGAAAAGCAAAAAAUAUUGUUUCAAGAAGAGCUUAUAACUGAGAAGCGCAAGUUGGUUCAGCUGCAAGAAGAUCUCGAGCUGGCUAAAGAACAAAGAGAUCAACUUGAGACGAGAUGGAAACAAGAAGAGAAAGCCAAGGAAGAUUUGGUUAGUCAGGCAGUUUUGUUUAGGAUCGGAAGGCAAGAGGGUGAAGUUUUGGCUAAAUCAAGAGAGGAUUUAACUAGAUUGAAAGCCGAUAAGAAUCUAAAAAGAUACAAAGAUGAUAUCGAAAAGCUCAAGAAGGAAAUCUCCUUAUUGAGAUUAAAAGCCGAUUCAUCAAAAAUAGCCGCUUUAAGGAGAGGUAUCGAUGGGAGUUACGCCAGCAAAUUAUCCGACAUCAAAACCUCUAUUUUCCCACAAGAAACCCCGACACCUUACAUCUUGGAAACAGUCACCAGUAACGGAGGUGUGAAACGUGAACGGGAAUGUGUCAUGUGUUUAUCUGAGGAAAUGGCGGUGGUUUUUCUUCCCUGUGCUCAUCAGGUGGUCUGUACAAAAUGCAACGAGCUUCACGAAAAGCAAGGAAUGAAGGACUGCCCUUCCUGUAGAGGAACCAUCCAGCGCCGCAUUUCUGUACGUUACGCUCACUCUUAAAUCCUUCUCUUUCUCUAUAUUAAAUUAAUUGAGUUGUGGAUUUUGCUUCUUUCUGUUUCCUAUGUGAUUAGCCUGUUUCCAAAUGUUCUAUAUGCUUGAGCUUGCUAUUAUGAGCUUAAAAGAAGUUAAGAGAAGAAAAAAAAACAAGUGUCCAUUAUGGGAUUCUAUGUGAUGAUUCCCCUUUAGAUAAUAAACAUCC